UAAUAUGGUGGGUGUGUGUUUUUGGAUGCAGGCGGAGGCGGAGGCUUGUAUGGGCUGAGGUGGGCCAUGGCCCACCCCCAAAUAUUGGGAAAUUACGAAAAUACCCUCAGCUUAUUUUGUUUUUCCAAGUGACCCACAGCAUUCUCACUUCAGACUUUUCCCCUUCCACUUCCUCUGUUACAGCACACACUUCUUCUCAUUCUUUGAAGCGCGACCGCCACACUUCUUCCCCUUCCGCCGCGCGACCGCCGCACUUCUUCCCCUUCCGACCGCGUGACCGCCGGCACUUCUUCCCCUUCCGACCGCCGGCACUCCCUUCUCUCUCAUUCAAAAAAGAUCAAACAAAAACCCUUUUUCUUUUCACUCUGUUUUUCCUAUCCAAAUGGAAAGAAAAGUUAAGAAGAAGAAGAGUGUAACACUUGAUCAUUUUUAUAAGAAGAGAGCUUGUGAGAGUGAAAGAGAUGAACAAGGAAUGACUCCUCCAUCUCAACCUAUUAAAGUUCCAAGAAUUGAAGAAGACAUAACUCAUAUGACUCAACCUGUUGAUGUUCAAAGAAUUGAAGAAUUGCAUAACGCGGGUGAUUUUUUGAAUUCUUUAGAACGUGAUCCUGGAAAGCGUUCCCCAAUACGGACAUUUCCAGCAAAUCAUGUUGAUGAAAGAAAUUAUGGGGAUAACAAAUGUGCUUUGUCAAGCCUUGCAACUACAAGCUCAAGAUGUAGUUAAUGCUAUGUUUCUGGUUCGUAACACAAAAACUCUUAUUCAACAAUUGAGAGAAGAUGGUUGGGAUAAAUUACUUGCUAAUGUGAGAUAUUUUUGUGUAAGACAUGCUAUUGAGAUUCCUGAUCUCGAUGAUUUGCAUUCAACAACAAGAUUUGGACGCUCUCGUCUCGAAGAGAACCAGGUAACAAUAGAGCACUAUUUUAGAGUUGAAAUAUUUUUUACUACCAUUGAUAAACAAUUACAAGAGUUGAAUAGUAGAUUUAGUGAGGAGGCAAUGGAUUUGUUAACUCUAAGUUGUGCUUUGACUCCUAAGGAUAGUUAUAAAGCUUUUGAUGUUGAUACUAUUUGCACUCUUGUUGAUAAAUACUAUCCCAUGGAUUUCAAUGAUCAAGAGAAGAUUCACUUGUGUUAUCAACUCGAGCAAUUCAUUGUUGAUGCCCGCAAAGAACCAUGUUUGAAGAAUUUAUCAACUAUUCAAGAAUUAUGCUCGUGUUUGGUUGCAACUGAGAGGAAUAAAAUUUACUUCUUGAUUGAUAGACUACUCCGCCUUAUCAUGACUCUUCCAGUUUCUACAGCCACAACUGAGAGAUCUUUUUCAGCAAUGAAUAUUAUCAAGACUAGGUUGAGAAACAAGAUGGGAAGUGGGUUUCUAAAUGAUACCAUGACAGUUUAUAUCGAAAGGGAAAUUAGUGCAAGUAUUAGUUCUGAGUCAGUUAUUGAUGAUUUCAAGUUAGUUGGAUCACGUAACGACUUAUUUUAAUUUCCUAAGGUAUGUAGUUUACUUUUUUGAUUAAACUUUGUGCUUAGCGUUUAUUUCAACUGAAAAAUUUAUAUUUUAUAUAUUAGAGUAUAUUUUGUUGGCCCACCCCCGAUAUUUUUUCUAGCUCCGCCACUGGAUGCAGGCAUUCGAAAUUAAAACAGCUAGACAUUUGUUUUUGGAUUGCGAUAUUUUCAGUUCUCUUUGGUCUCAGGUAUGGCUCUGGUUGGGUAUUUCUUCGGUUCAACCUGGUGAGCUCCGACAUCAUUUCCAACAGUUUACUAAUAUGGCAGGUUUACCUAGAACUACUCAUUUAUUCCUAAGAAUUAUUUGGUUUGCUUCGGUUUGGGUGUUAUGGAAGAAAAUGAACAACCGUGUAUUCCAAAAUGUGGUUUCUAAUCCUUCUAUUCUCAUUGACAAGGUUAAAUUAAAUUCUUUCUUAUGGUUGAAAGCAAAACAGGUGACAUUUAGUUAUAGUUAUCAUGACUGGUGAAAGCAUCCGCUACUUUGUAUGAAUGUCCAUGUGUAAUCUUCUUUGCCAGUUUUGGUGGUGCCUUCUUAAUUAUGACACUUUGACUUUGUAAAUACUCUUGAUUGGUUUUCCCUUUGCACACCUUGUGUGGGGAAAAUCAUUGUUG